UAUGAGCUCCUCUUUUAAUUUUACAAACCCAUUGAUACACAGCUCCUCUGUUUUCACCAAUUCUCACAAAUCCAAAUCCAAAUCCUCUUUUCUUCUUCAUCCAUUAACCUCUCCUAUUUCUCUUCUAAUUCCUUCCAAAUCCAUAAAAACUCCUUCCUCUCGCCGCCCUCUAUCCGCCGUAUUAACCACAGAACAAACAGAGCUCCAACCAAAACUUGAACAAAAUGAUGACCAAAACCCCUCCUUCCGUUUCAAGGACUACAUGAUCCAGAAGGCUAAUUUAGUCAACCAAGCUCUCAAUGACGCCGUUUCUCUCCAGGACCCACUCAAAAUCCACGAGGCCAUGCGUUACUCUCUCCUCGCCGGCGGAAAACGGGUCCGUCCAGUACUCUGUCUCGCCGCAUGCGAUCUCGUCGGUGGUCCUGAGUCCGCGGCCAUACCGGCUGCUUGUUCCAUCGAAAUGAUCCAUACCAUGUCGCUCAUCCACGACGAUCUUCCAUGCAUGGACAACGACGACCUCCGGCGAGGUAAGCCGACGAACCACCGUAUGUUCGGGGAGGACGUCGCGGUGCUUGCUGGUGACGCGCUUUUAUCUUUCGCUUUUGAACAUAUGGCGGCGGCGGUGACAGCGGCGGGGGUGUCGCCGGAGAGAGUGGUGCGGGCGAUUGGGGAAUUGGCGAAGGCGACCGGAUCGGGAGGGUUGGUGGCAGGGCAAGUGGUGGACAUAGAGUCGGAAGGGGCAAACGACGUGGGAUUGGAACUUCUUGAGUACAUCCAUGUGCAUAAGACGGCGGCGCUUCUGGAAGCCGCAGCCGUCAUCGGAGCAAUCGUGGGUGGCGGAAGCGAGGAGGAAAUAGAAAAACUUAGGAUAUUCGCCCGACGUAUCGGACUGUUGUUCCAAGUGGUGGACGACAUUCUGGAUGUGACGAAAUCGACGGAGGAAUUGGGGAAAACCGCCGGAAAAGACGUGGCGGCGGAGAAAGCGACGUAUCCGAAAUUAAUGGGAAUUGAAAAAUCGAAAGAAUUUGCUGAAACUUUGAGGGAAGAAGCCGUUGAAGCGUUGGCCGGAUUCGAUCCGGUUAAGGCGGAGCCGUUAAUUGCUUUGUCCAAUUACAUUGCUUAUAGGCAAAGAUAAAACAAAUUAAUUAUUCGGACGGGGCUAAUCAUCAUUUUGCACCGUUGGAUUUUAACAUUAUAAAUUUUCGAAUUUAUAUCCAACUAAACUCAAUAUUUAUGAUGGUCUCGUUGAAUAAUUUAAAAAAUAUAAUAUAAAAUAAGUUUAAUGUCACAGUUUGUUGUAUCUGU